AUGGCCGAAGUUGAUUUAGAUGAAAUUUUCGGUACUAGUCAAAAUGGCAAUAAAACAAAAUCACUUGAAAGAUCCGUAUUUAUUCAGUUUGUUGAUACCAAUGGCGAAGAAACUGGAACGCCUAUAUUUGUACCUUGCAGCAGUUCAGUUUCAGCUCUCACGGAUAUCCUUACAACUCUUCGUGAAAAUGAUUCUAAUGAGCCAAAAGUGUACGAAUUCUUCAUUGGUGAAACUCAAAUCUUAGAUGAUCUUGCCUCCGGCAUAUCUCAAUUUACCGCAGCUCAAAAGCUCGUUCAAGAUACUGUUGAAUCAGGCGCAAUCACAGAAUCAGUUGUCAAGGUAACUUACCAGGCUCAAGCAGUGUUUCGAGUCCGACCAGUCACAAGGUGUACUAGUACCAUUCCUGGUCAUAAAGGCGCUGUUUUGGUUGCCCUCUUCUCUCCUGAUGCAAGGGCUCUCGCAACCGGUUCCGGUGACCACAGCGUACGAUUCUGGGACCUCAACACGGAACUCCCUCAGAAUGUUGUCACCAGCGCUCAUACAUCGCCAGUUCUCUGUCUCGCUUGGUCACCUGAUGGUCUUAAGCUAGCCUCAGGUUGUCAAGGAGGUUACAUUUAUCUCUGGAAACAAGAUACAGUUGGCAAUUGGAUUCUUGGUAACCCUUCGCCUCUUAUUCAAGCCUCUCUCGCUCGUACACCUGCCAAUUCAAAGUCUAGAUGGAUUCGCUCCCUUGCGUGGCGUCCUUUCCAUCUAGAUCGAGACUGUCGCCUCCUGGCUGCUGCUUAUCAAGAUACCUCAAUAGUAAUCUGGGAUACAGUGACGGGUAAACCGGAGCGUAUUCUCUCAGGUCAUGAGAAGCCAGUUACAUGUCUACGUUGGGGUGGUACCGAUCUCAUCUACUCCUCAAGUCAGGAUCGUACCAUUCGCGUUUGGCGCAGUACUGAUGGUGUUCUCUGCAGACGUUUGGAUAUGCAUGGACAUUGGGUCAACUGUCUGGCGCUAAGUGUAGACUAUGUGCUGCGAACUGGGCCUUUUGAUCCUGCGGACUCUGUCUUAGUUAAACCCAUUAUUCCUGCGACAGCUCAAGGCGAGGAAAAGAGUAAGACAUUAGGUUCAGCCACUUUUAUCAAGAGAGAACUGAUGCGGUUACGUACAAAAGAGCUUUACGAGAAGGUCAAAGGUAGUGGAUCAGAGCGCAUGGUUGCGGGUUCAGAUGACAAUACCUUAUCCCUGUGGACACCAGAAUCCUCAAAGAAUCCUAUCUGUCCACGGAUGACCGGUCAUCAAGGAGUGGUCAAUGAUGUGAAAUUUUCUCCCGAUGGCCGACUAAUUGCUAGCGCUAGUUUUGACCACUCCGUCAAAAUCUGGGACGGACUCACUGGGCAGUUUCUAGCCACAAUGUUCGGCCAUGUUCAGGAUGUAUAUCUUGUUACCUGGUCCAGUGACUCGCGUCUCCUUGUUUCGGGUUCGAAGGACUCCACACUGAAGCUCUGGACCAUGGCCGAGGUGCGUCGUUGGGGUCAAGAGGCCUCGGUCCAGAUGAGUAAGGCCAAGAAGAGGAAGGUGGAUGGUGGUGGUUUAAAACAACCCCAUCAACGUAAACGUCACAUUCUGCACGACUUGCCUGGUCAUGCCGAUGCUGUAUAUGCUCUGGAUUGGAGUCCAGAUGGGCAACGAGUUGUUUCUGGUGGCAAGGAUCGCGUUCUCAAAAUGUAA